AUGUUGCAGCUGUCGUUGAUGCUGAUAUUGAUGUUCAGCUUCUUGCAAGUCCAAAUGCAGCCCGUGGAGCAGGCGGCAGCUACGAUGCCGGAGGACAGUGAAGGCGCUCGUGCGCUGUACGAUCAACGGCAGACGGGCAAAUACAAUAUACACGUCAGCAUCAAGGAUGUGGCCAUCAUAGAAGUGGAUCAAAAUGAGCUGGCCGAUGAAUCGUAUAUUGCGGAGGACGAGGACUAUUACUAUGAUGAUAGUGCGCUGACCAUAAAACCCAUCAAGUUUACCACGGAUGCCAGCACAGCGACAACAAAAACAACAGCUGAAACUACAACAACAACAACACCAACAACUGUGGUGCCUGUGAGCACAGCAGCAAUUGGUGGCAUACCAACGCCCAGCAGCAACAUGAGCGCGUACAGCGCUCAGCUCUUGGCAGACAUUGCUGCCACACAGCGUUUGCGGCCCAAGUCAAACAAUUUAAUUAUUAUGGACACGCCCAUUGGCGGCUCAUCAACGCUGUUGCCCAAAUGGUUGCAUGCGCGCUCCAAGGAUGAGCCCAUCACAACAACAACAACAGAUGCUGGCCCCUUGCCUGCGAAUAUCGAGUAUACGCCCGCUCAAGGUCACGAUUCGCCAAUUUUCAAGGUCAAAGUGCAACGUGCCGCGCCCGCCGAGACGCCAACACGUUGUCGUGCCCAUCAGUACCGCGAUGCGCUGGGCAAGUGCCGCACCAAACGCUCCGGGUCCAUCUUGUAA